AUGCAUAAGAUCGCAACACACCAUGUAAAGCUAGCGAAAGACCCAGAGACAAGCCGAAGAUAUACUUAUUUUUUCUGUUUUAACUUGCAAUAUUCUAAAAGAUAUUUUGACGACGUUUUUAUGCAGACUGACUGGAAAAAUAUAGACUGCCUUUUAAGAAGGAUCAAUAGCAAUUUGGAUAGCUUACCACCUUCUUUUAAAUUGUAGCAAAAAGGUCUGUCCAGUUUAAAGGGGACUAAUUUAAAUUAAUAAAAUUUAUCACAGUAAAACUAGUUUUAAAGAUGUAAAAAAUAUGAAUUUAAUGCAGUAAUUUUAAUUUAUUUUUUUGAAGAAUUAAUUUAAAUAUUAACCAAUUCUGUUUGCAUUCCUUUAUCAAAGCUAUUUAUAAUUGGAAUUUUUAUAUAUAAAAUUUGAUAUUUUGUUCCUAAUUAAAGGAGGGGAGUUAGUGAGCCAAGCUAAUGAUGAAACCCAUAAUGAAGCAGAAAGGCCAAAUGCUUUGAAUCCAGAUUAUGAAGGCUCUACUAGAGCUAGCUUCAAUUCAGAUUGCAGAGAAGAUACUCCAGAAGCCUCACUAAAAGAUAUUUGUGAGAAACUAAUAUGGAAAGAUAUUUUGAAGCAAAGUAUUGUCAAGUUUGAGAAUCAAGCUUAA